AUGCGCGAAUUUUCUCCGGGAUCCCUUCUUCCCCUCCAGGAUUUACCUCUCACUCAUCUCAAUCUGGACGCAUCCAGUGACGUUGUGGAAUUUAUUCAGAAGACUUCAAUUGGGGCCAAUCUCGUCCAUAUUCAAAUAUGGGACAGUGGUUACAACUUCAAUGCCCUACUCUAUACAGCCGCGACGUCGCUACAUGGCGUAUGUAUCCGAGUCGAUGACUUGUCGGGAGAGUGGGAAGAGGCUGCACUCGAUUUUGCUCAGAAUGUGAAUCUCCAACAUAUCAUGAUUAUUGUCCAUUGGAAGGACGAUGAAUGGUUGGAUGGACUACAUUCGCUCUUGUCUAAAGUUUCGCCGUUGAAGCUCCGCGAGGUCUCUAUAAUAUUUGCUCCCAAUCCAGAUGACACCCAAGAUUUGGACGACCUUCUUGCUCGUAUCGUUCAAGACGAUUGUGUCCGGAUCGAUCAACUUCUUUCUGACUCUCGUCAUAAGAGUCUUGAGGUGGUGUCCCUCCAACUGCGCUUUUUUCACAAGGACAACCCACAUCAUUUGGAGAAUAUUCCGGGAGCUGCUCAGUGGGAAACACAUCUCUCGCCAUAUUUUCCUCGGUUAUGGGGAAACGGAAUUCUCCAGACUUCUAUAACUUAUGCUUGGGAUCCAUGA